AUGGCCACUGACAAAUUGACAGAAAAUCAGAACCAGACAAGUGUCACAGAGUUUCUUUUAAUGGGUUUCUCUAUGGACCCAAACAACCAGACUCUUCUCUUUGUCAUAGGUCUGAUUCUAUAUUUGUUUACUUUAACUGGGAAUCUAAUCAUCAUUACAUUGAUUAGGAUAGAUCAACAACUCCAAAGUCCAAUGUACUUUCUCCUUGGAAAUCUCUCUUUUGUUGAGAUCUGCUACAUUUCCACUACUCUUCCUAAAAUGCUGUGGGAUCUCUUGUUAGGGGACAAAACCAUCUCCUACAUAGGUUGUGCACUACAAUUGUAUUUCUUUGGUGCUUUAGGGGCUACAGAAUGUGUCCUUCUCUCAGCCAUGGCAUAUGAUCGUUAUGUAGCUAUCUGCCAACCCUUGCACUACACUAUUCUAGUCAACCAAACAAUACGUCUACGUUUGCUGGCAGCCUCCUGGAGUAUUGGUCUCUUGAAUUCCACUAUUACUACAGCCAUGGUCUUUUCCCUACAUUUCUGUCAUUCCAAUAAAAUCAAACACUUUUUCUGUGACAUUCCUCCCUUACUGCGCUUAUCUUGCUCUGACAUCUUCAUCAGCCAGAUGGUGACUUUCACCUUGUCUGGUGGCAUUAUGAUUGUGUCAGUCAGCCUGAUCCUUCUUUCCUAUACAUUUAUUGUCUUCUCUGUCCUCAAAAUUCGCACUGCUCAUGGUAGGAUGAAAUCCUUUUCCACCUGUGGAUCACAUAUCACUGUGGUGAGCAUAUUUUAUGGCACCAUCAUCUAUACUUAUAUACGUCCUUCAUCUGCUCACUCUACAGAAGAAGAUCCCCUUGUUUCAGUACUAUAUGCCAUCAUUACACCACUGCUUAAUCCCCUGAUCUAUAGCUUACGAAACAAGGAAGUACAGGGGGCUCUUUGGAAAGCUCUUGGAAAGAGCAAAUUAUAG